AUGAAUUCCGCCCUUUUUCGCCCUCCUAAAGCGGAGAGUCGAAAGCAGGGGAAGAAGGUGUCGGAAACAGAGAAACGGAAGAAGUUACAUCAAAUUAUCGAGGAUUUAAAGAAUGAGAAUGAAGAAUACCAAAAUUAUUCAACUCAUCUCUCUCAAACAGAAGAAUCAGUCAAAAACGAUAACGAGAAGUUACUUGAAGCAAUCAAAAAACAUCAAGAAAUGUAUCGAAAUCUACGCAAUACACUCAAGAAAUAUCCUGCGAUAAUGAAAAAUUCUUUCAGAGCUCAUCAUGAAGCAAAACACAGAUAUAAUAAGUAUCACAUACAGGUACAAGGUCAGAAAGAUGGAAGUUGCAAUGAAAAUAUGCAAAAGGAAAUAAGAAACGUACUUUAUGAUCUUCAUAAUAUCAAAAACGAUUUCAAUGACACAAAUCAGACCAAGCAGAAAUACGAAGCUAUGGUAAGGCAAAUCGGCCAGCUUCAAGAGAUUCAAAAUGGAUUAUCAAAAACAAACGCCGAUUUAACUGAACAAUUAAACAAAUAUCGCGGUGAACCAAGUUUAAAGGAUGUGAUUCAAAGAAUUGACAAAAAGGCCGAAAAGACUAAGCAAUUACAAGCAGAAUUAGAAAAAAAGUGCUUAGAUCAAGCCGUCACUCCAGCUGAGACAUGUGAUCGUGUAGGUAACAUGCUUGGCGAAAUUGAUCCGUUUGUCAAUCAUUUGAAUGACAUUCUUUCUCCAAAUAAUUUAUCAAAUACAUCGAAAUCAUUGCAACUUUCAACACAAAAGAGUACAAUGUUAUCAAAUAUUGUCUCAGGACUUUAUCAAUCCGACGGCCAAACAUCAUUAACUCUCGGAAAUACUCUUGAGAAUAUUAAUAAUUCGAAAUUCCAGUCCGAAUCCAUUCAAAGACCAGCAGAAAUCGAACCAUCACCUGUUAAGAGUGCCCGCAACACAAAUCUUUCCAGUUCAAUGAGAAAUCUCCGACUCUCUACUCUUUCCAAGAACAAAGGAAAGAUUUCAUCAGUUGACUUUUUCAUUCCUUUCUCUCAGAAGCCAAUUACGAAACACGCUUACACAAAGAGCCAAGGUGCCUUCUUACCCCCGACACUUGACGAAAUGAAUACAAGCGCACAAGUGUCAGAAGCUCUCAGCGAAGCAGAAAGAAGGCAUAAAAAGUUUGGUGAUGUCGGAUCGAGCGAAUUUCCAUCAGAUUUCUUAGGAUUAAGUGGCAUGGAAAGUGAUUCACAUCAAGCACAUACUCCUACUGAAGUUGACAGCAUAAAUAUGAGAACAUCACAUAAUAAUUCUGAUGAAUCAGAACCAAGUCAAGAAUUUUUAUCUGAUGGACCUCUCAAAAUGGUCAAAGAUUCCGAUGGACGUCUUGUGUUCGAUAACGCACCUCUAAUAGACAAUUUCCUCGAUCCAGAUGGAAAAUUGAUCUCUAAAAAAGGUGACGAUUAUUUCAAUACAGACGAUGAAAAAAUUGAUGUCAAGAAAGAUCAAGACGGAUAUUUCUACAUCGAUAAAGAUGGAGAAAGGAUAGAGCUAACUCCUAUCAAAGAAGAAGAUUUAACAGAAAGUACACCAGAAGAUGACAUGAAUCAAAGAAGAACGGAACAUUCAUCAUCAACAAAACCAAUUAAAUCAAAGACAAUCAAAGCUCAUUACGCUGACAGUGAAAACCAAGAUUCAAAUGCUGCUGCAAAUGCUAACGAAGAAGAGGAAGAACACAAAGAAAACUCAAGCAGCGGAACUUGGGAUUCCGAAGCUAACAAAAACAACAAACCAAACGAAGAAGAAGAAAUUAAUGAAGACAAAGACAAAAACAUUGAAGAAAAAGACCUCGAAAAUAAAGAAGAUGAUCAGAAAGAAGCUGAUAAAGAUGCUAAUGAAGAGAAGAAAGAAACCGAUGAAAACAAUAUGUCUUUGAAGACAAUGGUUAUUGAGAAAAUUACAGGAAUCAAGAAAGUUGUUAAAGAUGGAAAGCCAUUGAUAAGAAAGAGAAAAGAAAAGAAAGAAAAAGAUGAUGAUUCUGAUUAUGAAUAUUUGACAGAUGAUGAAGCAUUGCAUACAAAGAAAUAUGAUAAAGAUGGAAAGCCAAUUGUCAGAAGACGUAAAUUUGGUCAUUACAAAGAAGAAGAUCCAGAAAAUCCAGUUGAAUAUGAAGAAUUCACAGAUGAUGAAGCAUUGCACACCAAAAAGAAAGUUGAUGAUUCCAAAAAGAAACCAAUUAUCCGACGUCGCAAAUUCGGUCAUUACAAAGACAACGAUCCCGAAAAUCCAGUUGAAUACGAAGAAUUUACAGAUGACGAAAGACUUCAUGCAACAAAAGUCAAGAAAAACGGAAAACCAAUGAUAAGACUUCGUAAAAACUUAGAUAAGAACGAUAAAGGUGAAUACGACUACGAAUAUCUUAGUGAUGAUGAAGCUAUGCAUAAGACUCAAGUUGAGAAAGAAGGCAAACCAUUAAUCAGAUACACGAAAGGAGAUAAGAAUGAAAAUAAUGAAUAUGAGUAUGAAUAUUCAACUGAUGAUGAAGCAUUGCAUACAACACAUAAUGUUGAUGAAGAGAAGAAGAAACCAUAUGUAAGAAGACGCAAAUUUGGUCAUUACAAAGAUGGAAGAGAUGACAUUGAAUACGAGGAAUUCACAGAUGACGAAAGACUUCACGCAAAGAAAGUGAAGAAAGAUGGAAAACCAAUGAUCAGGAGAAGAAAGAACUUGAAUAAGAACGACAACGGCGAAUACGACUACGAAUAUUUGAGUGAUGAUGAAGCCAUGCACAAAACGCAUGUUGAGAAAGAUGGCAAACCAUUCAUCAGAUACACUAAAGGUGAUAAAAAUAGUGAAGGCGAAUAUGAAUACGAAUAUUCAACUGAUGAUGAAGCAUUACACACUACACACAUUGAUCAAGAUGGUAAACCAAUUAUUCGUCGUCGUCCCAUUUCAUCAUACAAAGAUUCCGACUGUGACUAUGAAUAUUUGACAGAUGAUGAAGCAUUGCAUACAAAGAAAUAUGAUAAAGAUGGAAAGCCAAUUGUCAGAAGACGUAAAUUCAGUCAUUACAAAGACAACGAUCCCGAAAAUCCAGUUGAAUACGAAGAAUUUACAGAUGAUGAAGCUCUCCAUACCAAAGAAUUCAUUAAAGAUGGAAAGCCAAUGAUCAGAAGAAGAAAGAACUUGGAAAAGAACGACAAAGGCGAAUACGACUACGAAGAAUUUACAGAUGACGAAAAACUUCAUGCAACAAAAGUCAAGAAAAACGGAAAACCAAUGAUAAGACUUCGUAAAAACUUAGAUAAGAAUGAUAAAGGUGAAUACGACUACGAAUAUCUUAGUGAUGAUGAAGCUAUGCACAAGACUAAAGUUGAGAAAGAAGGCAAACCAUUAAUCAGAUACACGAAAGGAAAUAAAAACAGUGAUGGUGAGUAUGAAUAUGAGUAUUCAACCGAUGAUGAAGCAUUACACACAAUUCAGAAGAUGGAAGAAGCCAAAAUGAAACCAAUGAUCAGAAGAAGAAAAUUCGGACAUUAUAAAGAUGGAAGAGAUGAUAUCGAAUACGAAGAAUUUACAGAUAAUGAAGAACUUCGUGCCACAAAAUUUGUUAGAGACGACAAGCCAAUGAUCAGGAGACGCAAGAAUUUAGAACAAAAUGAUGAAGGUGAAUUCGAUUAUGAAGAAUUUACUGAUAACGAAGAACUCCAUGCAACAAAAGUAACUAAAGAUGGAAUGCCUUACAUCAGAAGAAGAAAGAAUUUAAAGAAGAACAGUGAUGAUGAAUACGACUACGAAUAUCUUACAGAUGACGAAAGACUUCACGCAAAGAAAGUGAAGAAAGAUGGAAAACCAAUGAUCAGGAGAAGAAAGAACUUGAAUAAGAACGACAACGGCGAAUACGACUACGAAUAUUUGAGUGAUGAUGAAGCCAUGCACAAAACGCAUGUUGAGAAAGAUGGCAAACCAUUCAUCAGAUACACUAAAGGUGAUAAAAAUAGUGAAGGCGAAUAUGAAUACGAAUAUUCAACUGAUGAUGAAGCAUUACACACUACACACAUUGAUCAAGAUGGUAAACCAAUUAUUCGUCGUCGUCCUAUUUCAUCAUACAAAGAUUCCGACUGUGACUAUGAAUAUUUGACAGAUGAUGAAGCAUUGCAUACAAAGAAGAUCAGCAAGGAUAACAAGCCAAAGAUAAGAAGGCAUAAAUUUGGUCAUUACAAGAGUGAUGAUCCAGAAAACGAAGUUGAAUACGAAGAAUUUACAGACAACGAAGGGUUGCAUGCAACAAAAGUCAUGAAAGAUGGAAAACCAAUGAUCAGGAGAAGGACCGGAAAGAAGGAUGAUUAUUCUGAUUAUGAAUAUGAUUAUUUCACUGAUCCAGAUAAUCAAUUUGUUGCAUACAAGAGGACAGAAGUAUCUGAUUUCGAUGCAAUCAGACGUAAAAAGGAACAAGAAGAAAAAGAACAGUACACUUAUGUUUAUGAGGAAGAAGAAGAUGACGUCUAUUAUUCAGAUAAAUUCUAUUCAGAUGAUGAAGAAGAGAAACCUGUUUCCAAACCAAGCUCUAGAAGAUCAUCAUUCAGAGAUGACAACGAAAACAAGAAAGAAGAAGAAGAGAAACACGAAGAAGAAGAGGAAGUUGACUACAAGCACAAAGCUUUUGCAAUUCCUGUUGUCGUAACAGCAAGAAAGAAACAACAGAACCCAUUCUCAUCAAUCAGAAAACGAAGGAAACGUCAUCCAAGUGAUGAAAAUCUUUCUCUUCUUGAAAACGACAGAAAACGAAAAUCUCUUAUUGAUAGCGAUCCAGAGCCAAAAGAAGACCCAUCGCUGACAAUUACUAAGCUUGCUCAAGACAGAUACGGAAUAGAAGUUGCUGCAGGAACACCGGCUGAAUAUGUUACAGGAAACGCUGAUUCCAGAUGGACAAGGAAUUUGAUACAAAACGCUAUCACAACACAAUUAGACAGAACAAGAUUGCAAGUAGAGAUUGCAGACAAAUCUUUGCAAUUAUCAGCAAUUGUUGAUUCCAUUAUCAAAGCAAAGAUGGAAUUGAAGCAAUUGCAAUCAUCACUUAACAAAGGAGCUCCUCAACUAGAUUUGGAUGUUUUCUCGAUGUCUGCAAAUGACAGUCCUGAUAGAAAUGUUCCUAAGGAGUCAAUCGAAAUCCAAACAGACUUUGGAAUGUCGAAUCUCGAAGCACAAGAUGCUGAAAUCAAGAACAACAUUCAGAUAUUAUCACAUGUAUUUAUCAAUGAGCAACAAAAGAAGGUAUAUCAAUUCCAUUUCCCUCAUUUACAGGAGACUUUAAGAAAUGCACAACAAAAGAGCACAAGAUUGAGAUUGAUGCAGGAAGACUUGGAAAGAAGAAUGCUUAUUGUUUGCCCAGAUACAGGAAUGAGUGCAGCUUCAGCGGCAACACGAGAAAGGAUAAGAUACGAAAAGAGCAUUGACCAGAGAAAAUCAAUGUUAGAAACAAUCGAACAACAAACAGACGAAUGUCAUGAGCAAAUUAAGAAAUUGAAAGCCAAAAUCAAAGAUCAAAAAUGUAUCCAAGAUAUGUUAAAGAGAAAGACAGUUGAAGGUGGUCAUGUUCCUCCUCCAAACGUCAAAGCUCUCUGCAGACAACUCGAUGACAACAGGGAGAAAGCAGCGAACCUCAGUGAAAAGAUUGAACUGCUUAAACACGAAGAAAGAUUUACCGACGAAGGAUUUGAGAAAGUUGAGAAGUUAGUUUCAGAAACAACAGUGAGAGAUUUAGAAGAAAUCAAUAACAGAUUGCUUAUGAGAAUAACGCAACGCAAAGUUAAAUUUGAUGCCAUGAGAAGAACAGAUCACACAACAAGAACAAUUCCAUUAACAUUUAGUGAUGAUAUUUCAGCCAUUGAAACUCGAUACAGAGACAUUCAGAACGAAAUGGUCAUGAUUCAGAGCAAGGAGAAUGCUUUGAUGACUAAAAUCAAGAAGAAGAUAGCUAAGAUUAAGAAGAUGGGUAUCCAGUUGAUGGAAACAUCUCUUGUUCCACCAGAAAUUUAA